AUGUACGGCAUCCCGUCCGAUAUGCCAAGUCAAGCAUUGUUGGGCUGGGGUAGUACUUGGAUCGGAGACGGCCUAGGAAUUCCCAGUGUCGAAGUAUUUCUUGUUCUCGCCUGUUGCGUAUUCAUCACCCUACAAUAUCGUUCCUAUCAUUUCUUAAGCCACAUUCGUUUUUGUUUUCACGUCCUUCGCACUAUCAGUCUCCCGGCAAAUCGUUUCAAUGAAAAGUCGCUCUUUCAAACCACCGGUUCUGUGCAGUCUGUCUCUGUUUCAAACUACUUGUUAAUCUAG